GCCCAUCUCUUUCCCAUAAACCUACCUGAACCACCGCCAUCCUCGACAUGAAUCCCACAAGAUCGCUGCUAUAUCUCUCAGCGGCCUUUUCCCGCCUCGCCGUCCGACCCACCCUUCCCUCUGUCGCCUCUCUGCCAAGCAGGGCCGUCGCCCCGUCACAAACGGCCAGGUUACUGAGAUCGGAGAGAGGCUUUGCUUCUAGCUCCCGUUGCGAAGCUACUAUCAACCAAGGUGAAUAAUCUCUCGCUUCGCAGAGAGACUCAACCUGACCGCCCGUAGUGAUGCGCGGUUGCCGAAAGUCCUCCAGGCGAAAGUCCUCAGUCCCUCUUCUUCAGAACUGUUUCCAAAAGAAGGCCGUCUGCGCCAAAGUCUACACCACCAAGCCCCGUAAACCCAACUCUGCCGUUCGAAAAGUUGCCCGGGUCAAGCUCUCGAACGGCAUGAUGACCACGGCGUAUAUCCCUGGUGAGGGGCACAACUUGCAAGAACAUAGUGUGGUGCUUGUCAGGGGUGGUGGUGCGAAGGAUUUGCCCGGUGUCAGAUACAAGAUUGUGCGAGGAACGAUGGACUUGAACGGUGUCGCCGGGAGAAUCUCUGCGAGGUCCAAGUAUGGAGGUGAGUUUGUUUGUAUGCGAGAAAACGAGAGCUGACAAGUAUACAGUCAAGAAGCAGAAGAAGAACU